GGUAGAGAUACAUCCCUCCGCCCGCAGUUGCUACUGCUCCUGCAGCUUCCAGUCUGCUACUAGGGUUUUCAUCUCUUGCAGAUAAACAAAAUGGGUCCUGUGGGUGUGGAAGUCCCUAUCAUCGGCAGCGACUACGUUAAAUGGAUUGAGGUCUCUGUACCUACAGCUCUCAAUAACAAUGACUGUGGUGCUUCUUUUGCUACUCAAGCUAAAGAUUACGCCUCCAGCACCCACAUCGGAGAUGCUCCUUUUCUCGUUUGGCGAAUUCAGAUGACUCUACCCAAUGCUCUGGAGUUAUUUGAGUUGCACUUGAAUCAGGAAUUUCCUGGGGUUGGGUUGCGCCUCACUUUCUCCUGCCCCCUUUAUCCUUUCGGUUUUGUCUGCAGAAGCAACCAGAUUAGUGAAGCUGGUAGUGACUCCCAUUAUCUGCUUUAUGCUUUGACUGUUUCUGGAGUUGCUUACUUGCUUAAGCUUUCCAAAGACAUAUCUGCAUAUUCAUCCUGCUUUGUAUUCCCAAAAGAGGAUCUUGUGGAGCUUGAUUUGCAAACUAAUUCCAGUAAUGGACCAAUUAGUUCUGUAGCAGCUGCACCUGGAUGCCUUGUUCUUGGGAGAGAUGAUGGUUCUGUUGGUUGCUUCCAACUUGGCUUGCUCAACCAAACUGCUCCUGGUUUUCAACAUGAGCUUAGGGAUGACUCAGGGAUCGGUGUUCUGUGGAGUUUUGUCUCAAGGGGAAGAACGAUAAAGCCUGUGAAAGAUCUACAAAUAUUUGAGGUGCAUGGAAGAAAGCUUCUAUUUGUGCUCCAUAUUGAUGGGAUUUUACGAGUCUGGGAUCUUUCAUCCUAUUGCAAAAUUUUCACUCUUGCAUUGAGUGUUACACUUGAAGGAGCUACAGUGACGAGGUUAUGGGUGGGUGAACCUAAGCAUGAUUCAACCACAGUUCCUCUGGCAGUCUUGUGCAAGAGUAGUUUGGAAGUUGGCUUGGCAAUCAUCAAUGUUUAUAAUCUUCACUACAGUAUUGGGGACAAGAUGUUCUUGUCAAUGGAAUCUUCACACCAAAGUAUUCCUCAGGAGGAGGGGGAAUGUGUUGAUGUCAAACUUACAACAGACAAAAUUUGGAUUUUAAAGGAUAAUGGAUUAGUGUAUAACUAUCUGCUUCAUACAAACACUGCCAUGGAAGAAGCAGGCUGCUAUGUCUCACAAGAAGAAUUCGUUGCAGAUCAGCUGUUUCAAAGUUUGGAAAAUUCUGUAGAUGAUCUUAUUUUGAUGGCUAAUUCAGUGUUUUCAUCAGGAAAGGAGCACAUUUUUCCACUUGUUUCUUCUAUUUUCUUAUGAAGACUUCUUCAUCCUGGGGUUCUUCACAACCUAGUUCUACGUGCAACUUUAAUAGAUUAUAACAAGCACUGGACUGAUUCUGAGUUUCAGUCCUUGACUGUUGAUGGACUCAAAAAGGAGAUUCUUUUGCUGGUUGAAGAUAAGACUCUUCCCAAAAGUGUAUCAAUAUUUCAAGGGUGGAAAAACUUUUGUAGGCGCUAUUUCCAUUACUGGUGCAGAAAUAAUGCGCCAUGCAGCUUGAUUGUAGGGUCCUCAUCAGGUGCUGUUGGUUUAAUCAGAAAAAGUUCUGUAUCUUUAUUUCGUGGUUUGGAGAACAUUGAGCUACUCAUAGAUGGUUCUCGAGAGGAACUUGGUGAUCUUGUAAGCAUUGGGUUGAAUUCAUUGGAUGAUGAUUCUGAACGGGAGAUACUUGCUGAAUUGCUUAGAUGCAUUAUUAAUAUUAGCCAACAGUUGGGCAAAACAACUUAUGCUAUUUUUUAUGAAUCACUUGUUUGCAAGCAUAUUAUUUCCUCUGAGGAGAUUGUUCGUCGCUUGCUGAAGGUUCUAGAAACUGGACAUGGGUCAAUAAUAGCAGAACUCCAUGUAUUUAAUCUUGGAGCUGAUGUUGCAUGGGAAAAAGAGCAGGCAGAUCACAAAAAUCUGAGGAAAUUUUCUGUUGACAUAUUGCUGUCACUUCAUGUUCUUUAUAAAAAAGCAGCCUCUUGGGAGAAAGUUUUUGAUGUUUUAGGGAAGUAUCUGCAGGUUCUUGUUCCCCAGAAAGUUAUAAAAGAUUCAGGUGCUGGAACAUUGUUUAAUAUCAGCAAUUCCAUUGUGGUCCCAGCUGUCUGCCAGAUUGCGAAGGUGAUGUUUGAGUCUGCAUUGGAUAUCCUUCUUUUUGUUAGCUAUUUGGCUGAUAUCAGUUGGCAGAUUGACAUGUCACAUCAUGACAUAUCUAAAAUCCAACUUGAGAUGGUUCCAAUGAUUCAAGAAGUUGUUUUUGAGUGGCUAAUCGUUCUUUUCUUUAGCACUACACCAUCUGAGUCACUUUCAAUUGAAGAUUUUAGUUCUCAACUUUCAUCAUUACACAUUGGUAAGUUAUUUUUAAUUUUAUUUUUUUCUUUUUGGAUUGACUUAUUAACCAGUUUUUAUUAUGAGAAAAUGUUAUCACUUUGAUAUUUUAUCAUGUGAAAACUGACAUGUGGGCUUUACAAGGCUUGCAUCCAACCCAAAAACCAAUUGGCAAUAAGUGAAGUAGCCUUCC